ACUGUGGGGCAUACAGUGUGUCUGAGGCAGAGUUACAGUAAUAGUCUUGGAGUCUAUGGAAGGCAUUUAAGAACACCUCAGGUGGCCUUUUCUGCAGCUCUCAGGGAAUCUGGCUCUGGAGAUAUUGGACCCUUCACCACUGCUGCCCCACUGCAGUAUAAGAGGGUCUUCUCCAACACUGGCAAUAGCUACAAUCCUUCAACAGGUAUUUUCACAGCAAUGGUCAAAGAAAUGUACUUCUUUCGAUUCUCCAUGUUCAACAACCUUGAUUGUCAAUCCAACUCUGUUGUGAGCCUCAUGAAGAACAGUGAACGGCUAACAUCUGUCUGGGACACUACAGGGUCUGAUGCCAAUGACAUGGGCAGCAACGCUGUGGUCAUCCCCCUCGAGGUGGGAGACAACGUGUAUGUGCAGCUCCAAGCAAACAGGGUGGUCUAUGAUAAUGGCAUGAACUACAACACCUUCAGUGGUUUUCUGCUCUUCACUAUUUGAUUUAAACAACAGGAUUUCAGGUCUGAAGAAGUCUUCAUGCUUUUAAAGUAAAAGGAAUAUACAUUUUAUCCACACUGCUACUACAGUUAUUAAUAACUAUCAAAAUAAAUGUGGUGCUUUCCCUGUGCAACGCCUGUAUCU